AUGAACACCACGUGUUUCCGGUUUUCGUUGUUUUGAAUUAUUUCAAAGCAGCAACGAGAUACUGACAGAACAUUAUGUCGACCCUGUUUCCGUCCCUGCUCCCGCGGGUCACCGAGUCUCUGUGGUUCAACCUGGACAGACCUUGUGUGGACGAGACGGAGCUGCAGCAGCAGGAGCAGCAACAUCAGACUUGGCUGCAGAGCAUCGCGGAGAAGGACAACAACCUGAUGCCCAUCGGGAAACCUGUUUUUGAGGCAGGUUAUGAGGAGGAGGAGGAAGAGGAUGACGAGGAUGAGGAAGACAGUGAGGAGGACUCGGAAGAUGAAGAAGACAUGCAGGACAUGGAUGAGAUGAAUGACUACAACGAGUCGCCUGAUGACGGCGAGAUCAAUGAGGUGGACAUGGAAGGAGCGGACCAAGACCAGGACCAGUGGAUGAUUUAAAGCUAUUUUUUUGUCGCAAUCGGCGUCUGGAUUUACACUUGCUAUCAAAAAUGUGACUGAUGCCUAACCACUCUGUGACUCAGAUAUGUUUUAAUAUUUGUGUACCUGGGAUGAAAAUGUAAUUGAAAUGCAUUAGAUUUUCAAUUGGAAAAUCUAAUGUGUUCCCCUCCUCUUUCAGAGGAGAGUUCAGGUGAAUAUUACUCUGUGAUCCAUCAGUCUUUAAAGCUGCAGACAUGGUUGGACAUUGCUGUGAAGUUUGCUGCCUGGAACACACUUAGAGAUGGGAGAUUUGUGUAUAAACACUGCCAUUGGUCCGCAUUUCUUGUUUUCAACUGCAGGCUUAUUUAACCAAUACAUCCGGUUAAAGCUGCUCCAAACCUGCCAGGGGCCCAGACAUAGGCCCAGGGGCUGUUUUGUACACUCAACCCAGCAAUCUGCCAUUUAAACUUUGACCUGGCCAUAUCUUAAGUCAUGUGCUAUGGAGAUGUGCUGACUUGCUGAUUAAGGGAAUAUUGCUUUGGUCAGCAAAAUAAUUUGUUACCUGUUAAAACAGCCCAUCUUAAAAAACAAAAAAGAAAAAGUCCACUUCAUUUUGAUUGCAGUGCUACUGAAUUGUGGAUAUAAACUUUCCUUCAGUAGAUUUUUUUUUUAAAGACAUUGUAAAAUAAUAAUGUGUUCAGACAGUUAAAAGGCCUCUGCUUGUCAGCUCUCUUAUCUUUAUGGUUUGCAGCUGGGUACAAAUGCUCUGAUUAAAGUUAUAAGUCUGAGUUACAAGUCAUCACAAAGAUUCAGUUUUUGAGAGAUUAUUUUUGUUCUAUUUGUAUUUUUGAUUUUGUUUGCUAUAAAUUAAACAGCUACAUAUUUUA